AUGUCCCGCGAGCUUCUGUCGGAGGCGACGAGUAUUCACGAAGGUCCGGUGCCAGCGUACUUGCUAGACCAGAUUGCUCGCCAAGUAGGUGCACAGGAUGGGAGCACGGAAAAGAUCGCCGAAUUUUUGCUCAACCGCACGGCCAAAAGCAACAUGAACGUCAAGCUCAAAGCUAUGCAAGUCAUCAACCACUGCUUGAAGGGCGGGGAUCCAGCAUUCCACCACUACAUGCGACUGAACGAACACGCUGUUCGCGUGCUCUCGAAUUUUCAAGGGUCGAUGGAUCCAGCGUACGGAGACGAAAAGAACCGUCGGCUGCGCAUGGCAGCACUGGAAACGUUGAAUUAUCUCGGCGUGCCGGCCAGCUUGAACAACAACAGUGGCGGUCCAUCCUCGUCAUUCACGGCCCAGCCGUAUGCGUCGAACCCAUCGAGUCCGCCUCAGUCGUCGACUUCAUGGGGAGGACCUGCCCAACCACCGCCUCCGUCGUCGCAAUGGGGCAAUGCUCCUCCUGCACCCCAGUCGUCUGCGCAAAGCGGAGGCUUUGGCUCGAACCAUGGACCUUCCAACGGUCCAUGGGGCUGUAAUCCAUCCGGUCCAUCUCAGUUUGGAGCCCCACCCGCGCCAUACCGAGACUCUCCCUCGAGUGCUCCUCAGUAUGGCAACGGCCCACCUCCGUCCCAGUACAGCAGUCCGCAGCAUGGCAAUCCCCAGCCUCCGCAGUACGGUGGCCCAAGCCAGUCCACUCAGCUAGGACGAUCAUCUUCCCACGAGUCGUCGUGGCGUGGGGCGAGUGCUGGUCUAGUCGGUGGUGGCCUCGCGCCCGCCCCCAAAAACACGACUGGUGGAGUGUGGAGCAGCGCAGGUUACGAGAAGAAAGAGCCCACGGCGCAAGAAAUGAUUCCUACGCGCUGGAACAGCGCCCGAGACAACCGACCGACCGUGUUGAUCGGGGCCAAAACGUCCCUCUUUGGCGCCCCCAAGCCCGUCCAGCCCGGGGUCGGCGGCGGCAACGGCGGCGUCCACCGCAUGCCGAGUCACAUGCACCACGGCAGCAGCAGCAGUGGUUUCGGCAACUCGGGAACGUUCAACCCUCCGUCGGUCCCGCCGUCGAUGGGAUUUGGCGGAGCGCCGACUGGACCUCCAGGCCACCGCACCGGGAUCAGCGCGCUGUCGCAGCCCGUGGCAGACCGACCCAAGAGCUCGAUCGAGCAAACCCUGGACGAUGUCAAGAAGAAAGGAUUCCAACUCAAGGACAUGUGGGAUCGCCGAAACAUGGAUCGAUCCAUGGCGUCAUCUCUCGCCGAACACGACGACUAUGUGAAUCGGAAUGCGGCGCUCGACGCGCGCGGACAGACAUACCAGCCGCAGCCCCCGACGGGUAGCUCGGACAAGAGUGGGGAGUACGAGCGCAGCUUGAUCGAUGAUCUGUGUCCUCCUGGAGGCCUCGCGCGCGCGCCGCCCGCCGAAAACUUGAACCGAUUUGUCGACCUCGCCAAAUCGCUCGACAUGAACAUCCUUGGCGACCUCUUGCUGGACAAACUCGAAGAUGACAGCUGGCAGGUCCGCCUCAAGGGUCUGUGUGUGUGGGAAGCGCUGCUGGACGCCCCCGGCUGCGAGCACUACGCCGAGUGGCUGGAAGAAAAUGUCGAGCUGCUGCAACAUGUGGCCCAAGACCCCAAGACAGCAGUCGCUAUCAAGGCGAAACGCGUCCUGCAACUCAUUGGCGUCGACGCCGCGAGCCAUCAACCUGUGGCCAAACCGCACCAGCACAGCCACGAGCAGCGUCCCCACGCGUCGGUGGAUUUGCUAGCAAUGAAUGACUUGACCUUGAGCGGUCCAUCAGUCCCGCCCCCUGCUCAGCAGCCAUUUCACCAGCAGCAGCAGCAGCAGCAGCAGCAGCAGCAAGUCGCGCCCGCGAAUUUGCUCGACUUGAGCUUUUCGCCGCUGAAGAACGCUGCACCGACCCCCACCACGACCGCACUCGACCCGUUGAGCUUGAACGCGCAGCCAUCGCUUCUCUUGUCGCCGCCUCGCCAGCUGCCGCCAGAGGCGUCGCGCCACCUCGGGGACUUUGGCAAAGAUCUAUUUACCCUCGCCAACUCACCUCGAAACGCGGCGCAGCCAUCGCCCGCCCCACCACCGACGGAAAAGUCGGCGUUCUCGUUCAUGUAA